UUUCCUUCCCCCCUUCUCCUUCCCUUUCCAUUUUCCCUUUCCUCUUUCUCCUUUCCACUUUCCCAUUUCCAUUCCCCCUUCCCCUUCCUCUUCCCUCCCUUUUCCUUCCCUUUUCCCCUUCCCCUUCCAUUCUCUCUUUCCUUUCCCCUUUCCCUUCCUCUUCCUUCUCCGUCUCCCCUUCCCCCUUUCCACUUUCCUUUUCCUUUCCUCUUUCCCCCUCUCUCCCCCUGCAGUCGGAGCAGGGACUCCAGCUUGCUGAGCCUUUGCUUUGUUUGCUGAUUUUUUUUUUUCCCGUUGUAGUCACAAAUUAAUCUUUGCUGUCAGGGGAUAAAGGCCGGGACAGAUGGCUCCGAGGAGAGCCGGGGAGGCCCGAGGCGACGCGGCCGGCAGGAGCCCCGUGGCUAAUGGCAGCAUCGCUGCGGGGUCAUCACAUUGUGCCGCGCCGGGUCCCGGGCCAGGAGCGAAGCCGCGAGCCAGGAGCCCGUGAGCAUGGCCGGGCAGUGCGACACCAUCUACAAGGGCUUCGCCGGCUGCCUCAUCAGCCUGGGGGACAGCAUGGCCCAGAGCGUCCGGCAGCAGCAGGAGGAGGGCGGCGAGGAGGCGCAGGAGCUGGACACCAUCUGCAAGUCCUGGGACGACUUCCACACCUGCGCCAGCGAGGUGCUGUCGAAAUGCCCCGUGGAAGCGUCCGCGAUCUGGGAGUCGCUGCGCCAGGAGUCCCGCAAGAUCCAGUUCCAGGGGAACCUGCAGGAGCUGUGCAGCUCCCGGGGUCGCCUGGCCAGCGCCCGGGGCUCGCCUGCCGCUGAGACCAACCAGGCCACGCUGCGGGGCUCGGCCACUCCCCUGCACCCCCGUGUCCUGGCCCUGCUGGCCCUGCCGCUGCUGGUGGCCCGGCUCUAGCCCUGCCCACCCGGGGGUGCCCGGGUGACACCCGGGGUCGGUCCCCCCCGUGCUGGCCGGGAAGAGGUACCCACUGAGCCCACCCACCAUCCCGGGCAUCCCUCGCGGGGCACGGUCCUCUCCUGCAGCACUUCAGAUGGAUCUAUAUUUAUAUUAAAAGACACUUUUACAUUU